GGAUGGGUAAACCCCGUUUUACUGAAAGUUUUAUGAUCUCUAGUGAAAACCUCACGGUGAACCUGUGUGAGUGACGCGCGCCCCCGACGCUCCGAAAUGCAGCGCGCGCUCCUCAUUAAAUGCUCUUGAUCCCUCGCGCCACCACAACAGAUUUGUCACGGGCCGCGAGCCGAGUUUACAUUCAGCGCACGGAGUGACAACACUCAGCUGCCAAACGCACACAAUCACGGCGAGGAGCGCGGCGUAAUGGCGUCUGUGAGCGUGGUGGGGCAGCAGCCCGGUCCGCACAUACUGGACUCGGAACCGCAGGUCCUGCUCUUCAAACUCUCCGGCACCAAGAAGAAAAUCACGCUGCCGAGGAGGAAGUCUUCCUGGGAGAAGAUGAUGCUCGCCAGGAGCGGCGGAGAGAGCUGCUCGGACCCUGCUGAGGAGGAGCCGCGCAGUCACCCGGCUUUCCGGCGUCCAGGACCAGCUGGAGGGAUGGUGCCCGCUGGAGGAUGCGGUGCCACGGCCGGCCUCGCUGCGCCACGUAGCCCCGCGCAGGAUGGAGAUGCGGUCAGCCGCGGCGGCGUGGCCCCGGGGAUGACCGGGCACAUCACCAAUGGCUACGUGAACUGUGACUCAAACCAAAACACGGGUUGUCCACGGGGGGGCUCGCCGGAGGAGCCUGGAGUCCGUGCCAUGCCGAGCGGAACGAGUCGACCGAGAAGAGAACACCGGCACCGCGACGCGUCGCACGGCAGACGCGGCUCCCGGAAUGGAGACGGUCACAGCGGACACCAGAGCGUCUCCUCCCCCGGAGCGCGCCGCGGGUUGCCGCUGGAGCGGCUCACGCAGGGCAAGACCGGGGUGGUGAAGCUGGCGCGCGCAGAGCCCCACCGCAGGGAGGCCUGGUCCAUCUUCCCCCGGGAAAUGGACCCCCGCGUGAGGGCGGAGAGAGGCGAAGGACACCGGUUCGAGACCAAGCCGGUGAAGCAGGACUGGUGCGACGCGUGCAGCAGGCAGAUCACAGCGCAGGGACUCAAGUGUCAAAACUGCAGCUACACUUGUCAUCUGGAGUGUGAGCGUCAGGUCCAGCUCGACUGCAACCGGAGGGACAGAGAAAAGACAGAAAAAAGCCCAGAUCCCAAAGGCCGCUGCUCUUCCUCUCCCCCCUCCUCCUCCUCCUCGUCCUCCUCCGCAGCUCCUCGAUGCAAGCAGAGUGAAGGAGUCAAGGAGGAAGAGGAGAGGGGCGCCAAGCAGCUGUCAGAGGAAGAGGUCCGGGCCAAGAUAGAGUCCUACAACGCUCAAGUGUCUGAAAAUGGCAUGAACCUGGCUGCAGACGGAUCCUUCACCGGCUUCAUUAAGGUCCACCUGCGACUCAGUCGACCGGUGACGGUGGAGGGCAACCGGGGGCGCGCCCCGUCGGACGACCCGGACGGAGAGAAGGGGGAGCGUACGGAAAAGAGGACGUCCUUCUACUUACCAUCCGACUGUGUGAAGCAGAUCCACAUCGGCUCUCUGACCACGACCAGCGAGGUGAUCCAGGGCCUGCUGAAGAAGUUCAUGGUGCUGGACGACCCGCGGAAGUUCGCGUUAUACAGGCAGACGCACAGAGACGGACAGGACUUGUUCCAGAAGCUCCCUCUGUCCGAGCAUCCUCUUGUCCUGAGGCUGAUAGCUGGACCAGAUGCUGAGCAGCUCACCUUUGUCCUAAAGGAAAACGAGACUGGAGAGGUUGAGUGGCACGCGUUCUCCGUCCCCGAGCUUCAGAACUUCUUGGUCAUCCUGGAGAAGGAGGAGGCGGAGCGCGUCCGGGCGGUGCAGCAGAAAUACACCAUUUACCGACAGAAGCUCCAGCAGGCCCUUCAGCAACAAGGCCCGUAACCCACCCCCCCUGUCCCCUGGUGUGUCCGGCCCGGGGGAUCCACGGACCUCUAGGACACAGAGCCAAGGACACCCUGUGAUAUAAAGAAAGUGGAGCCUGAGCUGAACUCAUCUUUGGACUCCUGGUCUUUAAACAUUCAGACACAGACAAGUGACUCACUGAUGCAUAUACUUUCUCAGGUCAUACGCAGGCUCCCUUACUCGCCCCCCCCCCCCCCCCCCCAGUUGUUUACCCUACCAAGGAAGACCUGGAACUGCAACUCCUCCUUGAGAUCUCAUUUGUGACUGGUGUGAAUAAGCAAUGGUUUUUAACGUUUCCCCUUCUCUCCUGCUACAACAACAACAACAACUACUGCUGCUGCUGCUGCUGCUGCUACUGCAAGUGUUACUUAUGCAUGAGUCUCUCAGCUCAUCCGGCCUGCACAUAGGAUUAGGAUUAAAAACAGAAGGCAUGAUUACUUUUAGCUGCAUCGAGCUGGAGCUGAAGGACAAUCAGACUGUGUGUUUGUUUGUUUUUUCUUAGAAAUGAUAUGUCGGAUAUCAUCCAUCUUUUUUUUUUUUUAUUAUUCUGGAUUUGCAGAUUUGAUCAGGAGAGAUCAUGAAGCAGAGUGCUUAGUUUUACUGCACACCCACCGCAGCCCCAUUCUGCCGCCACCGUGUUCAACAUGUGUUUAAAUGUUUGUAUCAUGCGUGAAAUGAUCUGAAAGUAGGAAAGAGGUUUGUCGUGUUCCUCCUCCAGUACCCAACAUGUUCACCAAUGGCAGAUAUGGUUAGUUUCCUUUUUGUCUGUUUGUUGCCUAAAUUCACAUCAAAGACCCAACCUGGCGUGAUGCUUAAAGAGGCAGCCCAUCUUACCUUUACUUGCAAACCCACCGCUGCUGCUUUGGGGUCAUGUUUGUAUGUGAGAGGACAUUUACACCUACGCGUACACUGACAGGUUUUUUUUGCUGAGAGGAUUUCAAUUAGACUGCAGGGAGGUGCUAUAUGUAAAAAAAAAUAAAAACAAAAAAAUACGGAAUCAGCUUCUGUUUUGCACAUGUUGAUCCAGGCCACACUUCUGAGGCUGGCAUGCAUUUUAGUUUAUCUUCCUAGCCCUACAGAGGAAAAAGAAAAGAUAUUUAAAAAAAAUGAAUAAUAAGGGUUUGGAUAUGUUUGCAAUGCAUAUGAAUUGUGUAGACACUGGAAACAAAGAGAGAGACAAGAUUUAAUUUAGUUGCUAAUAUGAUUUUUUUUUUUUCGGGGGGGGGGGGGGGUGCAUCAUUCCUGCUUACUGGUGUGUGUGUGUGUGUGUGUGUGCGUGUGUUCAUCCUGCCUACUGAGGAUUCAUUUCAUUGGUUCUCACUUUUCUGUUUGUUAUAAUCCGCAGAGGUGAGGCCUGUUGGCCCCCGAGGACGUGCUUUUCCUGUAAAACCCGCACCUGUGUGUUGCUUUCCUCACAACCCCUGGCUGUUCCUGCUGGCAGUGCCUUUUGUCUCAUGUGUUUUGUCCGUAACGUGGGUGUCAGCACACGCACAGGUGCCUGAAAGGGUUACGUGUGUGGGUCCCUCUGCAUGUGUGCGGCUAUGUUUCUGGGGUGGAGUGGCUCUACCGCUUUGAUUUUUAUGAUGCUUUAUUCCCAUUCUCAUAAAUGCUCCCAUUCCCACCCCACACCCAGCGAAUCCCAUGUGGAAGGGUGUGUGUGUGUGUGUGUGUGUGUGCGUGUGUGUGUGUUUUAUUUAUUUCAUGGUUCACAACCAUCCAUGUGAAAUUAUGUAAAGGGUGUCGCUUUAUUUUUCCAAUUUAUUUAGUUUUACUUGUACAACUGUGUAUAAAUAUGUGACUAGACCUGUACAGAAAUUUAAAUGAAAUAAAAGAGGAACCUCUUUAUUGAAA